CCACCAGCCGACUUCCUUUACUUUCCUCUUACUUAUAUAUGUACGUGUAUAUCCUUGUUUUCCUCCAAUCGUGUAUUGUUCAACUCAAAAACUACCCGUCCUUCACAUGGCAGUAGUUCGUGAGCGCCGACAGAUUAAUCUCCGCCUCCCGCUCCCCGACGUCUCUGAUCGUUGUCCUCGCUUCCCUCUUCCCCUCCCUCCCUCCGCCUCUACAACCAUCGCUACAACUGCUGCUUCCGUUACCAUCCCCUUAACUGAGCUCGAGAAGCUUCAAGUUCUUGGCCACGGAAACGGCGGCACCGUCUACAAAGUCCAACACAAACGUACCUCCCAGAUUUAUGCCUUAAAAGUGGUUCACGGCCAUGGCGACCUGACUGCUCAUAGACAAGUUUCCAGAGAGAAGGAGAUUCUUCGCCGGACUGAUUCAGCUCACAUCGUUCGUUGUUAUGGAACAUACGACAACCCUUCAGGGGAUGUUUCGAUUCUCAUGGAGUACAUGGACGCCGGCACUUUGGAUACGCUCCUUCGUAACCACGGUACCUUCUCAGAGCCUGAACUUGCUCAUAUAACCAGACAAAUACUCAAAGGAUUGAGUUACUUGCAUGCCCACAAAAUCAUUCACCGAGACCUCAAGCCUUCGAAUUUGUUGGUAAACAAGAAGAUGGAAGUGAAAAUAGCUGAUUUUGGGGUUAGUAAGAUUAUGUGUCGGACGUUGGAUGCAUGCAACUCUUACGUUGGAACCUGCGCUUAUAUGAGUCCCGAAAGGUUUGAUCCUGAUGCUUAUGGAGGUAAUUACAACGGAUAUCUUGGUGAUAUAUGGAGCUUGGGGCUUACUUUAAUGGAACUUUAUAUGGGUCACUUUCCUUUUCUGCCACCGGGUCAAAGACCAGACUGGGCCACCUUAAUGUGUGCAAUUUGCUUCGGCGAUCCACCGGCCUUGCCAUCGGGUGUUUCUGAUGAGUUUCGGAGCUUCAUUAACUGUUGCUUGCAGAAGGAGUCUAAAAAGAGGUGGACAGCCUCGCAGCUUUUGGAUCAUCCGUUUCUGCUUAGACAUCCGACAUCCAACCGUUAAUCGACCCGACCCGAACUGAUCCUGAUACCCGAUUAGAUUUUUUUUUGGGGGGUAUUAUUGUGAGUGGAGGUCGUUUAGCUUUGUAUAUACCAGCCAGAUUCGAAUUUUUGUUCUCUUUUCCUAUUCUUCUUCUGUACAUUAUUAUUAUUUAUCUUUCCCUUGGGCAGUAAAUUUACUUUCAGAUUUAUUUGCUUAGAAAAAUUAAUUAAUUAUGGUUAAUUUUUCACUUUUUACACAUCCAGACAAAAGAUGUGUAACAGUCUUCUUUUUACUCAAC